UGCCUAAGCCUAUCCGGAGGAAGAGGCUACUGACCAAGAAGCCUCGGCAAAUACAUUCGUUAAACCGGCUCCGUUUAACCAGCAGGUCUCGCUUUUUUUUACUCCCAUCCUGAAAGUGAAUCCAGUUUUUUUCUUCGCUGUGGUCGUUUUCUCUCCUCGCUCUGGGAAUGGGAUUUUCUUUAACUUAGUGGCUUUUCCAGCGCCUCCUCGCAGCGGAUUUACAAAAACCUGCGAUGAAAUCCAGCCCGUCGGACAGAGGCUGACCGAUUCAGGACCCUGGACAGAGACAUAGUCAGUCUGAGGUAAGGGAGACCAGGACGGCCGCUUUUAUUCUGCUUAAAGGAGGGACGACUUCAGAGGGAAAGCGACGAUAGGAUCAGCUGUGUGGAACGCGUUGGGUCCAGCUUCACAUCAAAAUCACUCCCAGUUGGAAGGGAUCUCACAGGUUGUGCAGAGGCAGGCACGUGGCAAGCGGAAGAGGGGAAGGAUGGAUCUUCAGCCCGGAGCUAGAGCCUCCCCCCGGGGAAGCCGGCGUGAGACGCGAGGCCUCACGGGCCGCUGACCUGCUGUCUCCUUGAUUUAUGGCGGCUGGGGGUCUCUGGCCGCUGCAGACUCCUCUCCCUUCUCUUCUCUGCCUUCCCUCCGCACACACUGCAGUUCCACGAGGAGCCACACACACUGCAGGAGUAUCCGAAGAGGGAUUUCUUGCACACGCAGAGCUGCAGCGCACACAUAUGCCUGUAUCCACUUCUACCUUGUCUCAUCCAAAAAUAAACAUCCCCACAAACAUUCCUACACUGCGGCACUGUAUCCCGCCAUCCUACCACUACUGAAUUAGAGCAAGCCUCCUCUCAGAGCAUCCCUCCUUUGGAGUGUUUGUGGAUUACAAUCAGUCAUGGUGUGUUGGGUGUAGAGCCCUCGGAGUCGCUGCCACUAACAGGAGAGCCUGGAUCAAUGGAAGUGCGCUGAAUGACGAGAUCAUGCCCCUUUUUUCACGUAGCCUGAGAGAAGUCAGCAGCCAGCUCUUCUCCAUCCCACAUCCUCUGCAGUAACCGCCCUCUGUGGACUACUGAGACGGUGACUGAAAGUGUAUUUUUAAUAUCAAAGUUGCACAUUAAUUUUGUCAGAACGCCUUAAACCUCCUUUUGUUCCCAGCUACGUUUAAGGAUCAGUGCGAUUCUGAUUUAUUUUGUUUUGGCUUUUUGAAGUUGUACCCUGAGAGUGAGAGCCAACCGGUGCCCUCGCCAUGGUGUUGCCACCCCCAGACAAACGCCACGUGUGCCUGACCACCAUCGUCAUCAUGACCAGCAUGGCCUUCAUGGACGCCUACCUGGUGGAGCAGAACCAGGGUCCCAGGAAGAUCGGUGUGUGCAUCAUAGUCCUGGUGGGCGACGUUUGCUUCCUCAUCGUGUUGCGCUAUGUGGCGGUGUGGGUCGGCGCCGAGGUGCGCACCGCUCGCCGAGGCUACGCCAUGAUCCUGUGGUUUCUGUACAUCUUUGUUCUGGAGAUCAAACUUUACUUUGUUUUCCAGAAUUGCAAAGCUGACAGGAAGAGUUUGGAGACGGUGGCACGGAAGGCUUUGACGUUACUCUUGUCUGUGUGUGUGCCGGGUUUGUAUCUGGUCCUGGUGGCUCUGGACAGUAUGGAAUAUGUGAGAACUUUUCGGAAGAAAGAGGACAUGAGGAGUCGUUUGUUCUGGGUGGCUCUGGACCUGCUAGACCUUCUGGAUAUCCAAGCUAACCUGUGGGAGCCCCAGCGGACAGGACUCCCCAUCUGGGCCGAAGGCCUGAUGUUCUUCUACUGCUACAUCCUUCUGCUCAUCCUGCCCUGCGUGUCGCUCAGCGAGAUCAGCAUGCAGGGAGAGCACAUGUCGCCUCAGAAGAUGAUGCUGUACCCGGUUCUCAGCCUGGUCACCAUAAACGUGGUCACCAUCCUCAUACGUGGCGUGAACAUGGUCCUGUUUCAGGACAGUCGCGUUUCCACCAUCUUUGUUGGCAAGAACGUGGUGGCCAUCGCUACGAAGGCGUCCACCUUUUUAGAGUACCGCAGGCAGGUGAAGGAGUUCCCCCACCCGCAGAAUGCCAUGGCGCUUGAGCUGCAGCAGAACUCUGUGACCCACACACAGACGCUACCCAACACCACCAGUUUGCCACAUGAACCUUCACCAGCGCAGGACGUUAUAGACACAUGACUGCCAGUGCCAGACUCUAGCACCAUUAGAGACUGACUGGGAGCUCCAGCAGAGGAGACUGGAACUAAGACGUCAGCUGCAUGACAGGAUGUUCCUUAGCUCCUAGUCAAGCUCACAUAAACCGCUGUGGAACCACAAGAGAUUUUUAGCAUCACCUGCCUGUCAGAAAAUCCUGUAAACCUACAUGUGACUGAGUGCAGACUUCCAGCGCAAACAUGUUUUUUAAUUGUGCUAUGGUGUUUUUAAUUGUUUCACGUUUUGAAAUGUUACAACUUUAUUGAGAAACCAUCUCCAAAAAGUGCUGCCUUGUGACAUUCUGUUGUGUAAAACGGACAGCUGGUUUCCCGUCAGUGAGUAGCUUGUGUUUUACUUUAUUUUAUUUUAAAACAUCAUGUUUUUUGGGGUUUUCUGUAGCAAUUCCAUUGAGUUCCAGCAGGAAAGAACGUCCCGCUCAGAGUGGAGCACCGAUGGAGAGGAGGAGUAGAGAGCGACACAAGUCGGUCAUGAUGCGCUCUCUGGGUCGUGCACGAGCGAGGCUUUAAUGUUUUGUUCUGCUGAGAGAGGAGCUCCGUGGAAGCUGCCAUCCUGGUCAGAGGGAAGCAUUACAAUCACUGGAGGAAAGCAGCAGUGCACAGCACUAUACCAUACACUGCAUUUAUCCUUGCAAGUGUUUCAGGGCGUGUGUGUAAAUGUGUGUGUGCGCGUACGUGCGUGUGGGGACGCAAAUCUGCUGAGUGUGUGUGCUUGAAUGCAUUUGGAGGUUCGGGUUGUUUACAGUUGUUAUGGAACAGAAUCAAAAGGGCGAUGGAUGUUAUCAUUUUUGAUGGAAUAAAAAAAUUGUGGAUAUUAUGAAAAAUAGAAAAUGACGGCUUAAGGACGAUUUGUUUUCUGUACUGUACAUUCCGCCAAAAGUAUUUUAUGCCUUGAGGUGCAAGACGGCAGAGCUCAGAGGGUGCCUCUGAGAUAUUGGCAAGAAAAAAUAAAUGAUCACGUAGAAAUAAAAAAGUUACAAAUUUCUGUUCAAUAUUAUUAUUGUUAUUAUUAUUAUUAAAGUAUGUGCACUCUUUACAUGUUGGAGGAGGAUGGUGUUUUAAUAAAAGUAUAAAUAAAAAGUA